UAGUAGGAUCAUUUAAGAAUAACAGAGUUGAAAGAAGCCCAGUUCAUCGAUACAGACAGGACCCUUUCAUCUUGUCUACCUGUUCACGCCACUUCUGUCUCCAAAACUGGAACAAACAACCGGAAAGAUGGAGACGAAGAUUUGAAAGAUGAGGAGAACAUCACAACUCAAGGCAUCAUUGUCAGUGGCAGAAUAUUGAACAGUGACUCAAAGUGUGAACAUGAUAUAAAAGAGUAUAUACACAGUUUUGAGAAUAACUUCAAACAUUAGUCCAGCACAGCUUAUGAAAUCAUCAUUAACUUAUUUGGCCAUAUUGCAAGCAACCCUUAUUUGGAAAAGCAUAAUGUCAUCCAGACUUUGAUAUUUCAGAUACUACAUGAAAAGUUGGGAAGAAAAUUAUGUCCGGAAAAUCACAACAGCCCGGUUUUACCAAAGGACUUCAACCGCAGUACAAAAAACAAUAAAACACCUGGGUCAGAGUUAUUUAAGCAUAUAGUGGAAAUGUUUCUACUCACUGAAACAAAUGAUACCAGUGAUAGUGUGUCUUCCACUGUAACAGACGGUUUCUAUCAGCCGAUAAAAGAUUAUGUGAAGAUGAAUACAGUUAAUUCCAAACAGUAUGCCUUCGCAACAAUUUUUAUGCGAGAUGGCAGCAAAACAAGUUUUAAGCCCAAAUAUCCAAACUUUGCUAACCGUAAACACACUCAUAGCGAGGAGUUUGUGAUUGAAGAGCUUGAAGAUUUCAUAAGCCGUAAUGGACCAAUGGUAGAAACUGUUUAUAUUUAUUCUUAUAACAGUCCUUGUUUACAAAGAAAGGGUGGAGUACAGCCUUGUAUGUUUAUGUUGAUGCAGAAAGCGGCUGAAUGGAAAGAAAAAUAUAACAUCUUAUUAAAAGUAGGGUUCACCAAGUUUUGGGUACCAAAAUGUCCAGAUUGGUUUGAAGAACUCAUCUCAACCCUAGACUCUGAGAAAUUUAAAGACUAUAGGUUUAAAUUGGAUUACAAAAAUUUAGCUGAUAAAUUUAAGAAAAGUCCGAUCUUCUCCUUGCUAUCACAAGUAGAUAACCUUGAAAAAAAUACACUGUUUGACAAAAUCACAUCCACUCGAAAAGAUCUGCUGGAUCUAGCACAGAGUCUCGAUAACAUCGGACUGAGAGACGAUCUGUUGCUUAAAGGAGAACAACUAAUUAAUUCUUGCAAAUGUUCUCCUAUAGUCAGGGAUGAAUUUUGUAGAAUUUUGCUGAAGGAAUGGAGUGAAACGGUAAACAACAGUUUCGAGAAAGACAUUAAAAGCAAGAUCAGAAAGGAAGUUGGCCACGCAGUGAUUCUUCUUUUUAUGGACAAGUUAAGGUCAGAUUGGAGAAACAGCUUUCCUCUGAAACUGUACCGUGUCAGUUCACCGUUACAGCCAAAUGAUAAUGAUGUCCAAUGAC